AUGUUGCUUUUUCCUGCUGCAAACUUCGCUUCAAGUUGGACAGAAACAAGCAAGAGACCUGUCACUUCUCUGUGUUUUGACAUAAAGUUGAGAGUAUUACUGAAGAGAAAACGAGUUGAACAAAGGCCGCUUGUAGAAGUAGCUUAUUCCAUCGCGAGUCGAACACUUUAUGCAUUUUUUUUUUGUUGUUGUUUGACAUCAAGACAACCAUGAAAGGGGGAUUACUCUAUCGGACAUCAGUUUGGGAGAAGAAAUGCGUGUUUUGGAUUUGCUCUGUCCUGUUUUCAAUAGCUGGAGCUACAGGUGAGAUGUCCCAUGGCCACUCCACAAUAAGCGUUUCUGCUCCUCACCUGUACUACAGCUGUCCUGAGGGCGCAACUGUCAGAAUGAUGUGUACCCAGAGUGGUGCUGCCUUGCACUCCAGCGAUAUCGUAAAGCGCAUUUGGCUCUUCACACCCCACAGUGACAAGCACUGUGUGAGACACCAGGGCCCACGUAAUACCAACAUCAUUCAUCAUUCCCAUGCCAAUCACAGCUUUCCACCAGGGAUGCAUUAUGAGCGUAAAGGGCAGAACUUCUGGGUGGUUCUGGAGAACGUGACCGGUGCUGACCAGGGUCGCUACUGCUGUGAGAUCCUGGACGUACAGGUGGAAAAUAAACAUCCUUCCAUCGUUGACAAAACUCACAGCCACGUUAUCCUCCAAAUUACACCACGGAGAAAUGGCUCUCAAGAUUGCACUGUCUGGGAUCCCGCCCCAUCAGGCUCUGCGCCAGUGGCCCUGGCUGUAGCAGCAUGCAUCUUGGCUCUGCUCUUCCUGCCUCUUAUUCUGGUGCUUGUGUACAAACAGAGGCAGAGUGCACAGACAAACAGACGUGCACAAGAGCUGGUGAGGAUGGACAGUGGCCACGAGAACCCAGUGUUUCUUGGGGGAUCACCACAGACUAAAACCCGUACCGUUUCUCAGAUCAUGACCAGACAGGCUUCUGAGACAGGACGCCACCUGUUGUCUGAGCCAGGAACCCCCCUUUCUCCUCCUGCAUACGUAUUCUUUCCAGUAGAAGACGUCAUUCCUGAGUCUCCAGACCUCCAGCAAGUUUAAAGGUGGAUGAAGCCUAUUCAACAUCCUAACUGCUGUCCUGGAAACAGUCCAGCAGCUCUCUCUCUUCUCUGUAUCUCCAUUGUGAUGCUGUCCUUAUCAGCUAACAUUAACCUCUGCAGGAACUGUCAUCUAUACAUUGUCUGGACCGCAGGAGGGAGCGUACUUUUAUUUUAAACGAUUUACAUCUACAACAAUUGCUGGAAGGUCUAAAGCGAACCUUUGCUUGUGAGCACUUGUGGCAGGUUCUGGGUUUGUGAUGUUCCAUUUAACGUUGACAACAGCUCAUGGACCAACAGGUGCCCUAGUCUGGUGGUGCCUGCUGACUGACACGAACACAAAGUGUCGGGGGUCCAGGCCAUGUGCAGGGGUGGCGUGUUAAGAUGCAGUUUCUGUGGACCUUAAGGUCUAGGUUUUUUCACACCUAAUACAUUUGAUGCAGUUCAAUAAAAAGGUGCAUUUAUUGUUUGGCUCUUUUAGGCUGGUGUGCACUCUAAUUCCAAACAACAAAAGCCAAAGAACUGCACUGCACACCGCCUUGUUUUUGUCUACUGUCAAACUGAACUGUGGUGCAGUUUGUGGUGUGAACACAAAGCAGACUAACCACAUGAUACCAUAGUAAAUAUACAACAAUAGUGUGAUUAAAAAAAAAAAAAAACACUAUUAAACUGAGAUGAUCCAUUUGCUGUUUGUGGGAAAUGGCAUAUAAUGACAAGAUUUAAUGGUAACAAGGUAUGGACCUCAGCACGUGAGUGCAGGAAUAUUACAUUACAAUUAAGGAAGUGAAGAGAACCUAAAACAGAAGUGUGUGGUGCUUGCGUGCUGCUCUGUGUAGUUUGACACUUCCCCAUUAAAUGGUACAUAGUGAUAACACACCGAGAGCAUCCACUGAUCACAUCAGGUGCCCCCCCCCACAAACACAUUUGAACCGUAGGUGCGAAAUAGAGCUGAGGCUCUCUCUUAUCCCUGUCAUUGUAAUAAAGUGCUCUAAUAGCUUCACACCAAAGCUUCAGUCAUCUGAGAAGUUCCAAUAUUCUUGUACAGUAAUUGUACAGCUGACAGUAAUUCGUUGUUAUGGCAUUACACUGUCUCUCUGUAUCAUUUUUACUUGGCCUCGGCUUCUUUUUUCUUCCCACCUUGCUACUUCAGUUACUGUCAGCUCUGUUACUCUAAAUGCUGUCCUUCCUUCUUGUGCUCUCAGAAAUGCAGCACUUCACAGUGGCCAUAUCUAUAUUCAUAAAGUGCUGAAAAUUGCAGUCAACGCAGUGUUUAGGGGGCAAAAAUUCUUCUUCUUUUUUUUAAAUAGUUGAUACUUGUCAUUCAUGCUCAUGUACAGUUUAAUAAUUAAGAGUAAAAUGUUUAAUGAUUUUCUUCUGAAUGUAGCCUAAGAGAUUGUUUUAUUAAAAGAAAAACACCAGCAUAAAACUUCCAUCCAAGAUGUUGAUGGUGAGGGACUGAUCUGUUUUGUAAAUAGUUUUGUUGUUUUUUAAAUUUUUGUUGGGACUUGUAUAUUAGUAUUUUUUCCUGUUUUUUGUGUGUGUGAGAAGGAAUGACUUUAACCAAAGACUAUUCACACAAAAUAAAAGAAAGGGAAAGGAAUUGUAAGUGAUUGCAAUAUUGAUGCAACAUUGUGUAUGAUUAUGCAAAACCACUGGUGGUUUUUCCACAGUGAGGUAAAAUGUGUACCGAUGGCACAUAACGGAAGUCAUCUUUUGAUGCACAGUAGGUGUACAGGACGGGGUAUUGCAGAUAACAUGUUCUGUUGUUUUUUUCUUGUUGGAAGAUUUUAAUUCUUUGGACAGUCAGUGUUUGAGUAUUUGUGUUUUCAAUUGUGUCUGUAUGUGCCCAUCUUUCUAUGGUUGUGUGGACCAAUUUUAGUAAUAAUAACAUUAUUGUGUGAAGAUUUUGCCAUUGUGAGGACAUUUUGGUCCUCACAACUUGAAAGGCUGUUUGGGGGUUAAGACUUUGUUUUAGGGCUCAGGUUGGAAUUAAAACUGAGUAUACGGUUUAGGUUAGGGUAGGGGAUAGGAAUUUAGUUAUGAUGGUUAAGGGAAGGGUAAGUGGCUAUGAUAUGCACUAUGUCAAUGAGUGUCCUCACAACUACAGUAUAAAGAGACCAAAGUGUGUGUGUGUGUGUGUGUGUGUGUGUGUGUGUGUGUGUGUGUAUGCGUGUUUUCAAAUUUGUUACACUUUCAAAAAAAUAACUGUGGUGUGGUUUAUACGUCUGUGCAUGCAUACUGUAUUGCACACAACUUUGUAAAUUCUGUUUGUGUGUUAUACUAUAAAAGGCUUGUACAUAUUUUGCAUUUGAAAAUAGUCCUGGCUGUAGCUUUUAUAAUAAAAUGGAACCUUAAAGCUUAAA